AUUAUAGAGGUGUGUCCUCACACAAAAGACUUCAAUGUAGAUAACACCAAACAGGAUUCAACAACUACUGACACGUUAAGGUAUCAAUGUCUCUAAAUUCACAAGUUUAGAAAUGUCAACUUGUGAUUAUGGUCUACUUUUCACAGUUUUUUUUUAAAGAAACUGUGGUCUAAUUCUAUUGCUAAAGAAGUGAAAAAGAAGUCAUUACUUGAGCUAAACAACACCACUUCUUUCAACUGACACGUCAGCUGAGGUUUCUACAACAAUAUCUCUUUGAAGUCAUGGAUUAUUUUUUCAAACCUUAUCCAGUGCCACCGUCUCCAAAAGUUUUACCUAAAGAAUGGAGGACCGUACCUUGGGGAGACAAAGAAAGAGACUUAAAGUUUGUGAAGGAAUAUCAGCCUCAUGAUAAGGAGGUCCAGCUCAGAUUCAUGCUUUAUGGACCUGCUGGUGCUGGCAAGUCCAGCUUCAUCAACUCUGUGGAAAGUGCUUUGCGGGGCGAAGUAUCUAACCGAGUUGGCAUCGAUGCAAUAUCUCAAGGGAGCUUCACCACAAAAUACAGAGCCUACCAAAUCGCAAAAGGAGGACCAAGGAAAUAUUACCCUUUUGUCUUCAAUGACAUCAUGGGCCUCGAGAAGGAUACAAGUCAAGGAGUGUGUGUGGAAGACAUCAAACUGGCCAUGAAGGGACACAUGAAUGACGGUUACAAUUUCAAUCCCUUCUCUCCCUUGUCUGAGAAUAACCAAGACUACAACAAAGAACCUGCUCUAAAUGACAGAGUUCAUGUUCUGGUCAGCGUCAUCUCAGCCUCCACAGCAGUAUUCCUGACCGGCGAUUUCCAGAAAAAGCUGAGGGAAGUCAGACUUGCAGCCAGAGACAUGGAGAUUCCUGAAAUUGCUAUUCUCACCAAAAUUGAUGACGUCUGUCCAGAGGUCAGCAACGAUAUAAGGAACGUGUAUAAGAGCAAGUACCUGAAGGAAAAGAUUGAGGAGGUGAGUGGCACGCUGGGUUUCCCAACAAACCGCAUCUUUCCUGUGAAGAACUACCACUCAGAGAUCGACACAAAUGACGACAUUGAUACACUGAUACUGAGCGCACUGAGACGGAUAAUUACAUCUGGAGAAGACUUUGUCAACCACCUGUAAAACUACAGACUGCUGAGGUCGAUCUUGUUUUUAUAACAUUAUGCAAACAAUCUGUCUGGAAUGGUCAUUACAUAAAGUGGGCAAUAUGGCUUUAGGUUUUAAUUUGCAGCCUGUAAUGUGUCACAUCUAUACUAUACCACUGAGUAAAGUAUGAAAAGGCUUUAUUUCCCCUUUACUUGAAUCUUUGCAUUAUGAUGUUGUUAGUUAUGCUUUUAGGUGUGAAAUGUCAGUGUGGGGAAAGAUAAUUACAUAAAGUGGGCAAUAUGGUUCAUAGGUUUUCAUUUGUAGUCUGUUAUGUAUGUAAAGGGUAAUGUGUUCUUUCGCUUAGAAAACAUAGUCCGUUCUACAACGUACUACCAACGACUGAGACUGAGGCGACAAGAAAGUCACUAAACGGCAUCACCAAUCGAGGUUUUCUGUAACUGUCUUUUUCACAUUUUCUUUCCUUUAACAAUUGUUUAAAAACAUGCCAGUGUCCUGCCACUCGUUCACCAGCAGACUAACCAUACAUCUUUCCUUUGUUUAUUUAAAUUAAACUAUAAAUCGACGGCGAACAUAGAUCUCAAAUAACAUUGUUUCCCUGUCUGAACAUCAUAAGUGGACUCAUUGUUUAAAAAAGGCGCGGUAUUAAUAAUGUUUUGAUGUGAUUAGCGAGAACUCCACAAUCCAUUCUUAUCGGCUAUGGGGCGAGGCCUUGCGUAGAGGGAAAGCUCCCGGAUGCUUGUUCGUAAAUGUUAACUUCCUGUCGAUCUUGUUUUGAGUUCCCUUCGUAAAUCUGAAUUUUAUCCUUUCUUUCUCCUGCGUUGUUUUUCUUAUUUUUCAUGAGGACAGUUGAACCAUCAUGAAUCCAAAGUUUUGUGCCCUAACAAAAUAUACAAGUGAAUAUUCAAAAAGUACGACAUAGUGUUUUCUGACGACAAAUCGACCGGACUUCUUUCUGCAGUUGAUAAUAGUCCGUUGUCCCUCCAACGGUCUUGUUAUCCUUAGCAGCAGUGUGUUAGCGAAAACGACCUCUGAAAUGUCCUAACUGACCAGGAGUGUUUUGUUUAUUCGGGUGGUAAUUUGUCUUGCUGUCUCCAGGUUUUCGAGAAUCUGAACAUUUGCUGGUAAAAUACUUAAUUUUGAUGGAAAGCAAAAGUAUUUUUGUCUAAUAACUUCACAUGCUGUACCUGUAACUGAUUAGAAAGUAUUUUCCAUUUCAAUGUUUGGGCAGGGUGUAUAUUAAACAUUUUACUACAGUACUGCUGUCCAGGAAAAUGUAUUCAUUUAUUUGUAUUCCACACUUUAACAAUAAUUUAUCCUCUUUUCUUCAGAGAGCGAGUACAUUUGAAUGUGAGUAUACAUGGAAAGGAAAAGUAGACCUAUGUAAAGCUUCAGGGUAAACGUCGCUCAUUUGAGUCUGGGAUUGUCAAAUACCCUUCUUGUGAAAUUAAUGUAUUUAAUAAUAAAAAAAAGAUCACGUUA